AUGAAUUCAAGAAAGUGCUCUUUCCAAUACUGUUUAAGAAACGCUGAACUUAAGUGCAUAUGCACUUCCUCUCCUACAUUUUUAUGUGAGCAACAUGCCCCUGAUCAUAUACAGCUUCCUGGAGGUGGUCACCGUAUUGUUCCCUUUAGCGCCUCAGACGAUUGAAUUGCAAACCAAAAUCACAUAAGUCUUCUCAAUAAUGCAAAGUCUAGCAUUCAAUCAGCCAAGCAAAAAUCAAUCAAUGCAACUAGUGGGAUCAUCAUAAAACUAGAAAAAGCCUUAAAAUAUUAUCUUUCAUCCUCAGACUCUCAAUUAGAUUCUUUAGAUGACCAUCUUUCUCAACUUUCAGCGGAUAACAGCGUUUCUGAUAGACAUUCUAAGCAUCGUAUGUCAGCUGACAAAAUAGAACGAUGCUGCAUAUCUACCAAUGAAAAACUAGACAAACUCGAAGGCUUUUGCAAACUUUUGGAUUGUGUUGGCAAAUUUAUCGAAAAUAUAAAUUUUGAUGAUUUGCAAAUAAAUGAAAUAAGUUCAGGUUUGCAGAGAGAAAUUAAUAAAAUAAGAGGACAUAAGAGCGAUGAGCAAGGUAAAUCUACUGAAGAAUUAGAAAAAUGGAAUAAAUUUAUAGAAUCGUGAAAUUGAGACACUGAAAAUUAUGAAGCCUUUAAUAGUUUUUGGUAUUUUAAGCAGGGGAUGCUUAAAUAUCAUUGUGGAAAAUGAAAUGAGGCUCUUAGCUCUUUUAGUCUUGCUAUAAAAUUGCAGCCAGAUUAUUUGGAUGCCAUUUUUUACAGAGGUUUAUCUCUAGCAAAAUUACAAAAAAGCGGGUCUGCAAUAGAAUGCUGGGACAGUCUUAUUAAAAUAGAUCCAUCUUUUUCAAUUCCCUAUGUUAUGAAAGCUUUAGAAAAACAGAGUCAAAAUAGAUUUCAAGAAAGCAUUGAGUCCUAUAAUCAAUUAUUAAAUAUAGGGUUGGAAAAUAAUAUUUUAAGAUUUUUAAAGCUUGAUGCUUUACUUGAAAAAAAAUCAUAUAAGAAAGCUUUGAGUCUAUCAAAUAAAAUAAUUGAAGAUUGUCCAAUGUUUAGCUUUGCUUACGGCCACAGAGGUUCAGCUCUUAAUAGACUCGGUGACGGAAAUGAAGCUUGGAAAUGCUAUGAUAAAGCCAUCCAAAUGGAUCAAAAUUAUCAUCCUGAAUAUUUUCAAUUUGCAUGUAUUUUGCUAGAACAAGAAUCAAUCGAAGAUGCUUUGCCUUAUCUUGACAUAGCUAUUCGUAUUUCGCCUUAUGAAAAGCAAUAUUAUCACAAAAAAGGAGAAAUACAUGAAAAAAUUAACAAUAUAAAAGAAGCAAUAAAUUGUUUAGAAAAAAUAAUUGAAAUAGAUCCUGCUAGCGAUUGAGUCUACAAUCAUAUUGGAGAGCUUCUUUUAAAGCACAAUAAAUUUUCAGAGUCAAUAGAAUACUUCAACAAAUCAAUUAAAUUCAAGCCAACUCUUGCAUCUGCAUAUGUUGGCAAAGGAAAUGCUCUAUUUAGAAGUAAUAACAAAAGUGAAGCUCUUAAAGCUUAUAAAGAAGCCUUGCUAAUAGACCAUAAAUUAGCUGAUGUUUGCUUAAAAAUCGGAAAUAUUUACUUUGAGGAAAAAAAUUAUAAGUCAUCUAAAAGAUAUUAUGAUAAAGCCAUAAAAAUUGAUCCAAAAAAUGCAAAUGCUUAUGCGAAUAAAGGACUUGUGCUAAAACUUGAAAACAAAAUUGAAGACGCUAAGGAUUGUUUAUUCAUAGCUAUAAGCCUCGAUUCAAAUAAUCAUUUUGCGCAUUUCCAGCUGGGAAAAAUUUUAUAUGAUGAAGGCCAGCAUUGAGACUCAAUAAACCACUUUGAUAUAGCAAUUAGAAAUAAUGCUAUUAAUCCAGAAUAUUAUGAGGCAAAAGGAAAAGCUCUUAAGGUUGUAGGCAAAGAUACAGAAUCUUUGGAAUGCCUUUAUGAAGCUACUAGACUGAAAAGUGGUAGACGAUAG